AUGGUUGUGGAGGAGCUGCAUCAGAGGGACCUGCUGGGAUUCCUGUGGAGAUGUAGACAGGAUAACUCAGGUUUUGAGACUUCGUGUGACAUGACAGAGAAGAGGAUCUUCACCAUGGCGGGACAGGUGGCCUCUGCUCUGGAGUACCUGCACAGUCAGCGCUGCGUUCACGGCAACGUGGGAGCUCGCAGCGUCCUGGUUGGCGGAGAUCUGACAGCAAAGCUGUGGGGACUGGGCUCGGCCUACCGCAGGACAACACAAGUCGAUUCUCCAGGAGAAGUGGAGCACAUGGAGCUGAGAAAGUGGCAGGCCCCCGAAGUGCUGGCUUGUAGAUACUCCAUCAUCAAGUCGUGCUGCCAGUGGGACCCCCAGCAACGUCUCUCCAUGUCGGAGCUAAUUCGAAAACUUCAGGCGGGAGAGAAAUCAGCCAAUGGGAGGACAGUUCUCAGAGUGCCUGAGCCACUGAACAUCGAGAAAUACCUGAGGGAGGCGGGAUAUGGAGAAGCCUACAAUUAUGCUGUGCUUUGAUUGGCUAAGAGUGCCAUCAGUCAGGACUAUAUUGGUGCUGUACCGGCCUACUGUCCAAUUGAUUCUUUUUUAUUAAGGCCUAAUGAAAAAUAAUUUAACUUGUUCGUAAAUCCAUUUUUUUAUACUUGUUUAUAUUGUUAGAACACUUAUAAAGCACAUCCACUUAAUAUGUUUA